GAAAUAUUGUUUGAAAAAAAUAAGGGAAAACUUGUAAUGAUUUUUAGUUAAAAAAGAAUGAGUUAUGUAUCUCGUAUUGAAGAAAUUUGUUUAGGCUUGAAACGUGUUCGUGAUGCUAUUGUUUCAUGUUCUAAAGGCAAAGAUGUUCGCUUGGUAGCAGUUUCAAAGUUAAAGUCUGUUGAUGAUAUAAGAAUUGCUUAUGAUUAUGGUCAAAGACAUUUUGGAGAAAACUUUGUACAAGAAAUGAUUGAAAAGGCUAAAUUACUUCCUCCGGAUUGUUGUUGGCACUUUAUUGGGAGACUUCAAACUAAUAAGUGUAAAGCCUUGGCAUCUAUACCCAAUUUAUGGGCAGUUGAAAGUCUAGAUUCAUCUAGAAAGGCAUAUUUACUGAAUAAGGCGUUAAUUGAUUUGAAAAAAUCUCCUAAAAUAGAUAAUCAUUUUAAAAAACUUAAUGUUUUUGUUCAAGUAAAUACAAGUUGUGAAGAAGGAAAGAAUGGAGUUAGUAUUGGCGAUUCUAUGGAAUUAUGUAGUUAUAUAAUAAAUAAUUGUAAAGAACUCUAUCUUAAGGGUCUUAUGACUAUCGGUUCAUUAUCUGAAAGUAAUAGUGAAUAUAAUAGAGAUUUUGAGGCACUUGUAAAAUGUCGAGAUGAUAUUACUAAAUGUCUUGGUAUAGAAUUAGAAUUAAGUAUGGGAAUGAGCAGGGAUUUUGAAUUAGCUAUUAAAAUGGGUUCAACGAAUAUAAGAGUUGGUACAGAUAUUUUUGGAGUAAGGUUAUCUCGACAUAUGAAUACGUUAUAAAUCCAAAGAGUAUUUAAAUAAUUUAUAUGAUAUUCGAUUAAAUAUUUUCUGAUAAUUUCUUUUCUAUUAAUGAUUCUAAAUGAUUUGCAAUUUCUUCUUUUGUACUUCGAAUAGUAAUUCGAUACAUCUAAGAGAUUUAUAAAAUAAAUGUAUAUUAAAUUUAAUUAUUAAAUACCUUAGCUUCAUAAUUAGGCUCAAGUCUUAGUAAAGAACCAUAUUUCCCUCCUUGACUAGUAUAUAAUACUGAUGCACCA